AUGCCGUCGACGAAGCUGGGCUCCCCCUUCAGGUCUAGCCCAGAGCCGCUGCCAUUUCCAUCUUCGACCUGGGCUAGCUCGGCCGGUGAGGAGAACGAAAGCGACCGUCACUCGAGCGUCGUUCCGAAUCACCUUGGUCCCAUGGCUGCUUUCAGCGCCGCCACCGGCCGGGACGCUCCCCCAAGCUUCGAGACGCUCCCCCAAGCUUCGAGACCCCCCCCCCCCCCUGCUGCUCUCACGCAUCCUCGGCCGUCGACCUGCGCCGUCCGCGCGAUCCUCCAUGCCUCCACGCCGUUUCCAGGAACAGGCACGACACGAGGCGACCGAAACGAUCGGAUGCAGACCCGAGCUUGUCCCCGUCCGAAGGGGCCCCGUCCGGAUCCGAGCCGUCCAAGCAGCCGUCGACGACGACGAGCCGCUGCCAUCUCGGACCAGAGUUGCCGAAGGGUAGAGCCACCGACCGCAAUCGGUCGACGCCGUGGCUUGCCCGCCUGCCUCUCGACAAUGGCACCGUCAUCCAACGCCGCGCUCCUCGUCGUGUGCGAAUAA